AUGAAUGUUUCUGAGAAGAAGCCCCUUCUAAGUGGUGUCAGUCAGAAAAGUUCUCUCUACAACCAUCAAAAUGGAGGCUUCGAUGGACCGUUAGAAGACCCGGAACUAGGAUCAAAGAGAAACAGACUGGAGAGCUCUCUAGACGAAGAAUUAGAGCCCGUCACCUUGACAUGGAAGGACGUCAAUGUUUAUGCGUUACCAAAGAAAGGGGGAUGUUGUCAACGAGGAAAGGCACAACCCAUCCCAAAACAAAUACUGACAAACGUGAAUGGUAUGAUAAAACCUUGGAAACUCAUGGCCGUCAUGGGCGCAAGCGGAGCCGGAAAAUCCACUUUGCUAAACGUACUCACCUACAGAAACAGAGGCGCCCUAAUUUUACAAGGUGAUGUCAGAGUCAAUGGAGUGAUAGUGGACAAAACCAAAAUAUCAAAUAUCUCAGCGUAUGUUCAACAGGACGAUCUCUUCAUAGGGACGCUUACAGUCCGGGAACAUCUCACCUUUAGAGCAUUACUUCGAAUGGACAAAAGGAAAACAAGAGCCGAAAGACUGAGGAAAGUGGAAGAUGUAAUUCUUCAGCUUGGUCUGACUAAAUGUGCUGAUACAGUAAUUGGGUUACCUGGCAGGCUAAAGGGAAUUUCUGGGGGAGAAACGAAAAGACUUUCGUUUGCUUCAGAGCUACUUACGAAUCCUCCAUUGAUGUUUUGUGACGAGGCUACCUCCGGUUUAGACUCAUUUAUGGCAUUCAGUGUCGUACAAGCUUUGAAGAAUAUGACAAAAAGUGGGAGAACCAUUUUGUGCACAAUUCACCAGCCACCGUCAGAAGUCUUCGAGUUGUUUGACGAACUGUUCCUUUUAGCUGAGGGGAGAGUUGCAUUUUCAGGAUCUAUGACUGAUGCACUUGAGUUCUUUAAAAGCAAUGGUCAUCCCUGCCCAGUAAACUACAACCCAGCUGAUCAUUAUAUUCUAACUCUGGCCAUCAUACCAGGAAAAGAAACAGACUGCAAAGCACGGGUUCAGAAAAUUUGUGACACUUUUGAAGCAUCAGAGUCAUUCAAAUCAAUGAAGGAUGAGAUAAAUGGAGUGUGUGAUCACAGACAAGUUUUAAAUACUCUGAAUGAUACAACAAGGUAUGGAGCAUCCUUUAUCCAGCAGUUGAAGUCAGUGUUCUGGCGAAGUUGGAUAACAAGUAUUCGAGAUCCACUGAUAGUCCGGAUCAAGUUCAUACAAACUAUUUUUUUUGCUGUGGUACUAGGAAUCAUUUUUCUGAAGACAGACGACGAUUAUGCUCAAGACAACAUCAUGAACAUUAACGGAGUCAUCUUUGUUCUUAUCCUCAACCUCAGCUUUAACAAUAUCUUCUCUGUUCUAAAUGUUUUUCCAGUAGAGGUACCGAUAUUUUUAAGGGAGUAUGGUACAGGACUCUACAGCGUCGGAGUGUACUAUAUAAGUAAAACACUGGUGGAGAUACCGUUCUUGAUCGCCAUCCCUAUAAUAUUUAUGUCCAUACUCUACUGGAUGAGUGGUUUAGUGCAUGAUGCGGAUGCGUUUUUGGUGGCCAUGGGCGUAGCUAUUGUGGUAGCAAAUACGGCUGCUUCAUUUGGUUACGUUGUAUCAGCUGCCGCCCCCACAGUCACUGCUGCUAUAGGUAUAGCCCCAGCAAUCAUGAUACCGUUACUCUUAUUUGGUGGAUUUUUCCUAAACAGUGGGUCCAUCCCUGACUGGCUGAUAUGGUUCAAAUAUUUAUCCUGGUUCUCAUAUGCAAACGAAAUUCUGGUUGUUAAUCAGUGGGAUAAUGUGAACAACAUAGCAUGUACAUCAAAUACCACUUGCGUUCCUCGUGGCGAGCUAGUCAUAAAGACCCUUUGUUUUGAUAAGGUAAAAUAUUUUAUUAGGCAUGGUUUUCAUUUAUUAUAAUAUGUG